AUGGCUGAUAGUUAUGUCUUCUUUAAAUUUCGCGCGAAUUACAAGACAAAUGAAUCACGUGACUUGAAGUCAGAUGAACCGAAGCGGAGCUCUGGAGAUUCGCGGCGGGAUCAUGUGGUGCUCAGGGCGUUUGACAUAGAUCGUUUUUAUUCUGUACAUUUUUGGUACAAACGUUUAUUAAAAAUGAUUAAGGCAAUAUUGGUUUUUAAUAACCAUGGGAAACCAAGAAUGUCAAAGUUCUACCAGUACUUUAAUGAAGACAUGCAACAACAGAUUAUUAAAGAGACUUUUCAACUUGUGUCCAAGAGAGAUGACAAUGUUUGCAAUUUUUUGGAAGGCGGAAGUUUGAUUGGUGGUUCAGAUUACAAGUUAAUAUAUAGACAUUAUGCUACACUCUACUUUGUGUUUUGUGUCGACUCUUCAGAAUCAGAACUUGGCAUUCUAGAUCUUAUUCAAGUUUUUGUUGAAACUCUUGAUAAAUGUUUUGAAAAUGUCUGUGAACUUGAUCUCAUCUUUCAUGUUGAUAAGGUUCACUAUAUUCUAAAUGAACUUGUUAUGGGAGGAAUGGUAUUGGAAACUAACAUGACAGAAAUCCUCACUAGAAUCGAAGAUCAAAAUAAAUUAGAAAAACAAGAGGCUGGGUUGGCCGGUGCUCCAGCACGUGCUGUGUCUGCAGUCAAGAGCAUCAACAUUCCUCAACAAAUAAAGGAUAUAAAGUUACCUGAUCUGCCUCAAGCCAUUAAGGAUUUGAAGUUCUGAUUAUAAGUUGUAUUGAAAUGGUCAAAGUAUGACUAGAGAAUACAUUUAUCUACUACUGGAACUAGAUAUGGAAGCAUGUAGGGUUAGAUGAUUGUUGGUUUUAAUAGAUUGAUUAUUUGCAUAGGCCAUUUCACUACAAUUGCAUGGAGUUUUGUUAAUAUUAUUUUUAUAGAUUGUGCAAUAUAAACAUCUCUUUUGCUCAUGCUUUGGGUAUUGUGGGUUUGCUGAAUUGGUAUUUUGUUUUAUAAAAAAGACUAUCUCCCUAAAGACCUAGAUGUGUUGAGUUGUGGAUAUAAAGAUAUGUAAUUUUUGUGUGUAAAAGUUGGCUUGUAAGGGUGUUAUCUGGCCAGCACUAUGUGCUUAACACGUUCUGACUCUUUAUCACAACAAAGAGACAGAAAUUCAAUAAGUAAGUCUGAGAAAAGGCAAUCCCAAAUGAAUAUCAGAAUCAUAGACUUCAAGAAAGGGUUCUUUUGGGGCAGUAUUUAUCUAUACAUUGAAAAAUUAUAGUUUUGAAUCUGUUAUUUCGUUCUUAUCAUAUUGAACAUUUUUGUAUUUUCCUAAAGAUUUUCUAAGGAAAGCAAUAAUUAUUCUAAAUAUUGGUCUCUUUGAAAGUUUAUUGUGAAUUACGAAGAAGAUAUUUUAGAAUUAUUCUACAUGCCUUGUUUCUAUUGAUUUCAUUGUGAUAAUUUUUUAAAAUAUGGACAUUUUCAGAGAACCCUUACUAUUUAGAGAACUUAAGAGAAGUUAAUAUGACUGUUUCUAUGGGACUUUCCCUUCUUUAAAGAUUUACCUUGAUAAAAUAAUUGCAAGUAAAGUGACUUUUGUAUAUCAGUUCUUUUGUCCAGAAUGUUGUGUGUUUAUGAUUUUGAAUUUUCUGUCAGCCAUUUAUCCAAAUUCUUGCCAGAUGUGAAAUUAGGAGUCUUUGAUAACUUCAGAGCAUUACAUAAGGCAUCAAGGGUGCUGGCUUUCAUGCCCUUAAUCCUUUAAACAGUAUACUUUUUUUAUAAUUGCACUUUCUAGUGGGAUUGAUUCCUUUUCUCAAGUAAAGCAUUCCUAAUGUUAUUUUAAAAAUAAGAUUUAAAAAAUAUCAUCCAGAUGUAAUAUUUUUGUAUUAUCUGCUCACAAUUGCUCAGGCUUUCACCAUGUCAAAUGCCUCUAGUAAAAAAAAAAAAAAAAAAAAAAAAAAAAAAAAAAAAAAAAAAAAUGUAUUUAAGACUUGCUGUUUUUCCACUUGGCAAUGUGUAUUUAUCACUGCACUUCCUUUUAUAAUUGUUUUCAUGGAUCACAAAAAAUUUUGUACAAAAAGGAGGAAUAAACUUCAAAGUAAAUGUAA